GAUUUUCAGAGCUCGAGCCCAGCUUGUGUCAAGGCCGUGAGCAGAGCCUUCCAGGAAAUCAAUGACCUCUACUUGAGUGGAGCCUACGAUAGAAUCAGCAGUGAAAUGGCCACGUGCAAGAGGGUUUCUUGCAAGGAAGAUGUCUACCAGCUGUUUGAGUUCGCUCGAAAUGCCUUCACCAUGAUGGCUAUGAUGGACUAUCCUUACAAAACAGACUUCAUGGGUCACUUCCCUGCUAACCCCGUCAAGGUUGGCUGUGACCAGAUCCUUGCACAUCAGGACCAUAUUAAAGGACUGGCGGCUCUUAUCGGAGUGUUCUACAACUCGACUGGAAUGGCGCCUUGUUACGACAUAUACAAACAGUACAGAAAAUGUUCUGACCCGACUGGCUGUGGCAUCGGCCCAGAUGCCGAGGCGUGGGACUAUCAGGCGUGUACCGAGAUCAACUUAACCUUCAGCAGCAACAACGUGACCGACAUGUUCCCUGAAAUCCCGUUCACCGAGGCUAUGAGACAGCAGUACUGCUUCAACAAAUGGCUCGUGCACCCGCGAAGGGACUGGUUGCAAACAAUGUUCUGGGGCAGCGACCUGAAAGCUGCAAGCAACAUCAUAUUUUCGAAUGGAGACUUGGAUCCGUGGGCAGGCGGGGGCAUAAAGAGUAACCUCAGUUCCUCACUAAUUGCGAUAACCAUUAAGGGAGGCGCUCAUCAUCUGGAUCUCCGCGGCCAUAAUCCAGCUGAUCCUCCAUCUGUCACAGAUGCACGCAACCUAGAAGCAAGGAUUAUCCAUAACUGGGUGACGUCUGCUAGGAUUGAGGGAGCCUGGGAGAAGAUGUCUGCGGGUAUAUCACCCUAAAGAUAUCCAUCCGGCCGCCAGCAGGAAUGUUGUGCUGCUAGUGCGUGUGCCAGAAAGCAUGAGGGUGGCAGCCCUAGGAGCUACUUGUGCACGGACCAUCUGACAAAUGUCAGUUCAAAUGGCUCUACCACGGUGAUAAAAAUUCACCUGUCAAGCGUCCUGUGAGUCAGUCAAGUCUGUCAAAAGAAAACGCGUAGGCCAAAUCCAUUGACUGAAGGCAACAGCACUUUGCACUAGUCACAUGCUUACCUGCAUUGUAUCAAAGAUGUAAUUGUAAUGGGAGAAGGAGAGAAUAGAAGCUUGCCUGCAAGAGUUAGACCAUUCCUCAGGAACUGGGUCAGACUUUAUGUACAUGCUUUCCAGAAUGGUAGAGGAAAUAAUGUGCCCCUGCUGUGAGAGUGAGGUAUGAUUGAUUAUUCACAGCCCACACCGAUCUCCAGGGUUACACAAAACCAGAGGACAGAUGUAGCUUAUGUGCAGCUAGAAACAGUAUGUCUUCAAAGAAAUGCUUAAAAGGAGAAAGUUCUCUUGGGUGAUUUGUGAAGAAGUAGAGGGAGGGUACUAGUUAUAAUGAUUAGUGAGUUGUAGGGAAAAUAAAUAUAUAUAUAGGUGAUUGGUCAGCUGUGGAGUAGAGACUGAAGUUUGGAGAGCACGUACCUUAUCUAAGGUAAUCCCAAUGUGAACAGCUAUUGUACAGGAAACAUUAGCAGUGAAUAAGUAGUCACAUUUCCAAUGAUGACCCCUACGUUUAUUUCAAAAUAAAUUACAAGUUUAUUAAAGUAUGUGAUAGAAUUCCACGGGCUGGCUUUUGAAUAUAACCAAAGAGGAUACAAAAAGGAUAUUUUUCUCUCACCCUGAGAGGUGAAAUAAAUUCAUCUUUGCACAUUAACAAGUAGACUCUUACCUACUGCAAAUACUGUGUACCAAUAAAUACUAGCAAGACUGAAAAAAUA